CAUCACUCCUCCAGUCCUUCCUCUCUGGAGUUUCCCACUGCAAAGUAACUUACAAAAGUGCGUAAAAACUCUUAGUCCCAGAAUUUCGGAUAGCAUAGAAUAACUUCGCCGUCAUUAUGUGGCUGCCUUGCGGAUCCACUUCAAAGUACAUCGUCACUUCUUUUCGUCGUCGGGUCUUUAAAUCGUAUUUCCAUAUUUUGGGUCGAUUGAGAUGCAACGUAGCGGCGUUUAUGCCGGAGGCUGCGGGCUUUGAAGGCGUGUCGGACCGCUCCACGCUGCAGGAGUUCUCGGUCUCCAACAGCGAGAGCUUCUGGGCCGCAGCGGCGCGCCAGAGACUGAGCUGGAUCCGUCCCUUCCACACAGUCCAGGACUGUGACCUGAGCCGGGGGAAGAUCAAGUGGUUUGAGGGAGGACAGCUGAAUGUGUCCGUGAACUGCCUGGACCGCCACGUACACACUUGUCCAGAGAGGGUGGCUCUGAUCUGGGAGAGGGAUGAACCGGGGUCAGAGGUUAAGGUCACCUACAGGCAGUUGUUGGAGAUGACAUGUCGUCUUGGCAACCUGUUAAGACGUCGUGGCGUGAAGAGAGGGGACUGUGUCACCAUCUACAUGCCUUCUUGCCCUCUGGCUGUGGCGUCCAUGUUGGCCUGUGCCCGUAUUGGUGCAGCACACAACGUGGUGUUUGCAGGGUUCAGUGCUGAAGCGCUUGCAGAGCGAAUCCGAGACGCCCAGUCCAGCACCGUCAUCACGGUGAACCAGGGCGUCAGAGGAGGUAAAGUCACCGAGCUGAAGAAGACGGUAGAUGCGGCCGUUCAGAGCUGUCCGGGAGUACAGCAGGUGUUUGUUGCCAUGAGAACAGAGAAUCCGGUCGCCAUGACAGCCAGGGACGUCGACAUGGAGCAGGAGAUGCUGAAGGAGGAUUUGGUGUGUGAGCCAGCUGCCAUGGACAGUGAGGACGUCUUGUUCCUGCUUUAUACAUCAGGCAGCACUGGGAAGCCCAAAGGACUCGUCCACACUCAGGCUGGAUACCUGCUGUACGCUGCACUCACACACAGGUAUGUCUUCAGCUACCAUGACGGAGAUGUGUUCGGCUGUGUGGCGGAUAUUGGUUGGAUAACAGGACACAGUUACAGUGUCUACGGGCCUCUGGCCAACGGGGGAACCAGUGUCCUUUUUGAGAGCACUCCUAUUUACCCCAACCCAGGAAGGUACUGGGAGAUGGUGCAGAGACUUAAGAUAAACCAGUUUUAUGGAGCUCCCACAGCGAUUCGCCUUCUGCUCAAGUACGGAGACCAGUGGGUCCGCAAAUACGACCGCUCUACCCUCCAAACUCUGGGCUCUGUGGGAGAGCCCAUCAACACUGAAGCGUGGGAGUGGUACCACAGAGUCGUCGGGGAUGGACGCUGCCCUGUGGUGGAUACCUGGUGGCAAACAGAGACAGGUGGCAUCUGCAUCACCCCAAGGCCAUCAGAGCCAGACGCAGAGAUUGUCCCAGGAAUGGCUAUGAGACCUUUCUUUGGCAUUAAGCCUGUGCUCAUGGACACUGAGGGAAAAGUGCUGACUUCCAACGACACGUCUGGAGCUCUGUGUAUAGCUCAGCCCUGGCCUGGUAUGGCCCGAACCAUUCAUAACAACCACCAGAGAUUCAUUGAGACCUACUGUCAGCCUCAUCCUGGUUACUUCUUUACUGGUGAUGGUGCCUAUCGUUCUAAGGAGGGGUAUUACCAGAUCACUGGCCGCCUUGAUGAUGUCAUCAAUGUGAGCGGUCACAGGAUUGGGACAGCAGAGAUAGAGGAUGUGGUGAAUCAAUGCUCUGCAGUGGCUGAGUCUGCUGUCAUAGGAUACUCACAUAACAUCAAAGGACAAGGGGUUUAUGCCUUUGUGGUGCUAAAGAAGGAUGUGGAGGUUCGAGAGGCGGACCUGUGUCAGCAGCUUAACAACAUGGUGUCUAAAAAGAUCGCCAAGUAUGCCUGUCCAGACUUCAUCCAGUUCGUCCAGCGGCUGCCAAAGACACGCUCCGGUAAGAUAAUGCGCCGGGUGCUGCGGAAAGUGGUGGAGCGUGAUUUGAACGGGGUGGGUGACCUCAGCACGCUGGAUGACCCCGCAGUAGUUCAAGAGAUCAUCGAAGGUCACCGUGAGCUCUGCAGUAAACAACAACCACGAUGAUGCCGUUUCUGAAAACAUUCUCAUUUAGAGAGGAAUAUGGAAGUGAGGCUUGGAUGUAACUCACUGUUUCACUUAGCCAGACGUGCAAUUUUAUCAAAAGAAUACUUUAAAGGCCAAAUAUUCCCAUUGUUUUUAUUGUACAUAUGACAUUUUUAUGAAAUCACGUAAACAACUCUUUAAAAUGAUGUUCAGACUCUGCACUUGAUAGAAGUUACAAAGACCUGAGCAUAUUGUGUUUUCAUUAAGAAGUGAUUCAACUUAUAUAAAACGACUAUCCCCAAUGUAAUUAUUGUAAACAUAAUACAAUAAACAAAUGUAAAGGUGCCUUACAGAAAGAUUUACUAAGUCAAAAGUGUCCUUAUCUUUCCUGAUUUGUUGUCAAAAUUUUCUCUGGUAAAUACAGAGCCAUCAAAACUUUUGUUUGGCAAAGUCUUUGGGUCCAGAACAUUUUAGUCGAGCUCUGACUCAAUGUUGCAUGAAUACAUUCAAACUGGAUGAGUAUAGUUGUCCAUCACCACUGCAGGAACUUGGAUUUAAAGUACCUUGUUGAGGAGCACUUGAGUGUUACUAACUGAGGAAUUAGGGAGUGUUUUUCUGUCCUCGUCUCCCACACUGAAGCUUCCUGCACGUC